ACCCGGAGCUUCCCGAAGUGGCCAGCAGACAAGCAGAGCUGGACUCCUCAGUGAGUGAAAGUUGUUUCCACGUGUUUGACCAGGAGUCGUUUAAAACCACUGCAAUGCUCUUUAUUUGGAAAACGUUUGUAAUCCAGCUUUGGGUGUUUAGAUGAUCCUUAAUUCUUUGUCCUGAACUAURAUGUCUACUUGAAAAAUGGAGCCAUUUUCUGACCAGUUCUUAGAGUUCCACCCGAUCCAYGGUACCAAUGUCAGACUGAACCACUCAGGAACCCAGGCCACACGGGUGGAGAGCUUUGCCAAUGGAGUCUGUUUCAGCAAACACCCUCUGAAGCCCGGCGAGAUUUUCCUCAUAGAGAUUGAGGAAAAGGAAGUGGGCUGGUGCGGUCACCUCCGGAUGGGUCUGACUGCCAGGGAACCCAGAAGCUUAGAGGUGGUGCCGGAGUACUCCAUUCCAGACUUGACCGAGUUGGGGGACAGCUGGGUCUUUGCCAUCACUCGCAACCAUAACAAGGUUGUUGAGGAGCCUGAGGUCCCGGAGGCUGGAGGAGGAGAACUUCCUGAAGGUCAAAGACUUGGUCGAGGAGAGGCAGAAGACAGAGAUGGAGGCUACAACAUGAAGACAGAGACUUUCUUCACUGACACCCACUUGUGCAUUGACAAUGUUCGAAUCCCCAGAGACAAGCUGGUCGGUCGAAGUCGUCCCGGACGCUACAGCCACCUCUUGGAUGACUUGUAUAAAACCAACACUCUGCCUCCUACAGCCAGACGCAGCAGAAUCGGAGUUCUGUAUGUGCCAAAGGGCAAAGACAUGGCUGAUAUGCACAUUGUGAUCAAUGGAGAGGACAUGGGAGCUUCUGCAAAGGGAAUAUCCACCAGACAACCUUUAUACGCUGUGGUGGACAUUUUUGCUUCUACAAAGUGUGUUCGAAUUGUCCAGGUGGAGUACGGCUUUUCCUCUCUGCAGACGCUGUGCAGGAAGGCCAUCCAGAAGCACAUCGUUCACAGGAUGGCCAUUGACUGGCUUCAGCUGCCUGAGGCCCUGAAACACUACUGCAAGUUUGAAUGAAGCAUGAAGACCUACAGAGGACAGAGGCAUCAUUUCUGUUUGCUCACCCCCUAUUCAAUAAGAAAAAUCUGAAUUCAUUCUAACAAAAGUAUUUUGGCCUGCAUGGUAGAGCAGUUUGUAGAGCUGAUGUCUCUCAGUGAGAAGAUUGCUGGAUUAAAUCUGGGCUGGGAACCAUUUUGAAUAGAGUUUGUGGGUUCUCUCUUUUAGUGAUGGGAUGGUUGCAAAUGAUCCAGCUCUAAGAGCCAGCUAUUUGAAGUGACUGGCAGGAGAAAGUUUUUUUUUUCCCCAAAUGCCAAUCUUUGCUAAAAACUCGCAAUAAAUGUCACCUGGAUGCA